CGUGCUCUCGCGGAUUCAGUGCGAAACCAGCUUCUAAAGCAAGUCAAGUUUUCAACCUAACCUAUAAAAAAACCAAUUCUAACUUCCAUAUUUUGUUCCUUAUUAUAAAAAGAGUCAUGGCAAGUGUUUAUGGUGUAGGCGUUAUGAAUCGCUACGAACUUUUCGUGGAUGACGAAUCGGACCCUCUCGAUGUGUUCAAGGCGAUGGAACAAGUCAGAGAAGAGAAAAAGAAAACAAAAAUUUCCGACAAGGAGAACAACGCCUCGACAACGAAAACCACCAUCAGCGCCACUACGCAAAAGAACAAGAAGGUAAAACCUUCACCAAGCGUUAAAACAACGCCCGAUAACCAACAACACAAGAUGAACGGAACUAAAACAAAACCGGAAAACGUUACGUCGGAGGAGAAACAGCCGCCGGCACGUGGCCAAUCACCACGUGGUGAAAAUCGCCGUGGAGGAAGGCCGUUAGGAAAUCGAAACGCCGGCGGAAAAAGAUUUUCGGAUGACCGACGCGGGAAACGCGAAUUCGACCGACAAAGUGGUUCCGAUAAAACCGGAAUAAAACCGAUCGAUAAAAGAGACGGUGCGGGAUCUCAUAAUUGGGGGUCCCACAAAGAUUUGAUUGAAGAGGUUGAAAAAACGAACGCCGAGGAUCCCGGCGUUGUCGUCGAUGAAAACGAAAAAAUUGAAAAUGGGGAGAAAAUGGUUGAAGAUAAUGUUCCGGUCGAAGAAGAAGUAAAACAAUUGACACUUGAAGAAUGGAGGGCUUCGAAAGGAAAUCGAGCGAAACCUCAAUAUAAAUUACGAAAAGCCGGUGAAGGGGAAGAUUUGACACAGUGGAAAAAAAUGUACGAAUUGAAUAAGAAAAAGGAUGAAGGCGGAUCGGACGAAGAAGAGGAGUUUGAUCCGUUGAAUUUCCCUCAACGCGUUGGUAGACAAGUACAUGUGCGAGAUAUUAAUUUUUAUUUCAACGAUGCUCGUCGAGGUGGCGCUUUUCGUGGCGGUCGAGGCGGUAAAGCGGGACGCAAAGGAGAUCUUCGCCAACGUGGUGACGGAGGGGGCAAUCAAUCGGAUGCGGGAGAUCAACCCUUCGUUCAAAAUUCGGUUCCAGCACCAAGGGUUGACGACGAGCGCGAUUUCCCUUCUUUGGGUUAAAUAAUUACGACAUGGUAUGGUUCUCUCUGGCGGUAAAGACUGAAAUCAUUUUAAAUCUCAGGUAGAUUUAAACCUUUCUAUCUCUUUUUCACUAUAUUAACAAGAAGAAGUGUAUAUUUUAAAAAGAAGGAGUAUACAAUUAUAAUUAUUAUACAACUAGGUUGUACUAGUUGCGGAAAAAUUGAAUAAUCGUUACGUUCUCUUUAUUAUUAUUUUUUUUUUUAUUUAAUUUUCAUUUUGAGUAUUUUUUUAAGCAUUUGUACAAACUAGAGUGCAUUUAAGGGAAAUAAAAAGUUACUUAAAAUGGU